AUGAUGAUGGACAUCUUUGCUAACUCGAUAGCCUUGGCUAUCAGAGACGACGGCUCCUGUACAUCAGAAACCGACUACAACGGAGAGCACUGGGGUGCUAGAAUCUCAUCUAUCUUUGUCAUUCUUGUAACAUCUGGGUUUGGUACCUUCCUCCCCAUCUUAUCCUCGAAGUAUUCAUUUAUCCGUCUACCAAACUGGGUGUUUUUCAUUGCCAAGUACUUUGGUUCAGGUGUCAUUGUCGCUACUGGGUUUAUUCACUUGUUACAACCUGCAAAUGAGGCACUCUCCACUGAUUGUCUUGGAGGUGUUUGGGUUGAGUAUCCCAUGGCGUUUGCAUUCUGCUUGAUUUCAUUGUUUUUCUUGUUCUUCUCCGAGUUGAUGACUUUCCACUAUGUCGACCAAAAGAUUCAACAGGGCGCUGACUUCGGCGAAGAAGAGGGCCACAGCCAUUCACACUUUGGUAAUGCAGACUUGUACACGAAAAAGGACGAACUUCACACCGAAGACGAUGAAGAUGAAAAGGCCAACCUUGCAUCCUCUGCUAACGCAGAUGAAGAUAAGAUCAACUUACCAUACCCAAAGCAUUUCAAUCACGCACACGAUCACCAAGAUCCUGAAGUCAUGGGAACGCCCGUCAACAUCCAAGAUAGAGAGCAAUACUACGGACAACUAGUUGGUGUCUUGGUCUUAGAAUUUGGUGUAGUCUUCCAUUCUGUUUUCGUUGGUAUUUCCUUAGCCGUUGCUGGUGACGAAUUCGUCUCAUUGUACAUUGUUUUAGUUUUCCAUCAAAUGUUUGAAGGUUUAGGUUUGGGAACUAGAAUUGCCACUGCAAACUGGCCAUCCAAAUACAAGUACACUCCCUGGAUUAUGGCGCUAGCUUACACCUUAACCACCCCAAUUGCUAUUGCCAUUGGUCUUGGUGUCAGAGAGUCAUACCCUCCAAACUCCAGAAGAGCAUUGCUCUGUAAUGGUAUCUUCGAUUCCAUCUCUGCGGGUAUUUUACUUUAUACUGGUUUGGUAGAAUUAAUGGCUCAUGAGUUCUUGUACUCAGGAGAGUUCAAGGGCAAGGGUAGCAUGAAGAAGAUGCUUGCAGCUUUUGGUGUCAUGUGUUUGGGUACAGGAUUAAUGGCCCUCUUAGGUAAGUGGGCGUAA